AUGGCUGGGCAACCAGACCAGGGCGACCUGAGCCCCGGGUCUCGCUCCCAAUCUGCCCACGGGAGCGCCCAGACGUACGUCGAAGGCCAGCAGUCUCCCUCUGUCCACGCCGACACCAAGAAGGAAUCGAAGGACCGGACCAAUAACAACGACAAUGACGACGACGACAACGACGACGACCAAGAUGACUCGUCAGAGAACAACAGCACCCACGAGAUGGAGCGGCGGCUCAGCAUGGUGCAGCAGCUGGCCCGUCAGUACACGCACACCUCGGGCAUCGACAUCCAGGGCCAGCCCGACUCCAUCUUUGGGAACAACGACCCCGAGUCGCCGCUCAACCCCAUGAGCAGCAAGUUCAACGGCCGAACCUGGGCCAAGACGGUGGCCAAGUACGCGACGGAGCACGGAUCCGGGUUUCGGCGCAGCGGCAUCUCGUUUCGCAACAUGAACGUCUACGGAUACGGGACGGAGACGGACUUCCAGAAGGAUGUCGGAAACGUGUGGCUGUCGAUUCCGGAUCUCGCUCGGCAGGCGCUGAGCAAGACGGGCGGACGGAGGCGGAUCGAUAUCCUGAGGAACCUCGACGGCGUCAUCAAGUCGGGCGAGAUGCUCGUCGUGUUGGGGCCGCCUGGCGCAGGAUGCUCGACGUUUCUCAAGUCGAUUGCGGGCGAGACCAACGGCAUCUACAUCGAUGCCGAGACGCAGUUCAACUACCAGGGCAUCAGCGCAAAGGAGAUGCAUACCCAGCAUAGGGGCGAAGCCAUCUACACGGCCGAAGUCGACGUGCACUUCCCGAUGCUGUCGGUUGGCGACACGCUCGCCUUUGCGGCCAUGGCGAGAUGCCCCCGGAACCUCCCUGCCGGCGUCUCUCGCGACCAGUUUGCGGCUCACUACCGAGACGUCGUGAUGGCCAUGUACGGCAUCAGCCACACAGUCAACACGCGCGUCGGGAACGAGUACAUCCGCGGCGUGUCUGGCGGAGAGCGGAAGCGGGUGACGAUUGCCGAGGCCUCGCUGUCAAACGCUCCUCUGCAGUGCUGGGACAACUCGACUCGCGGCUUGGAUUCGGCAAACGCCAUCGAAUUCUGCAAGACGCUUCGCCUCCAGUCCGACACCUUUGGCCAGACGAGUGCCGUGUCCAUCUAUCAGGCGCCGCAGAGCGCGUAUGAUGUCUUUGACAAGGUCCUCGUGCUGUAUGAAGGAAGACAGAUCUUCUUUGGUCCCACCGGCAAAGCCAAGGACUAUUUCCUCAACCUCGGCUUCGAAUGUCCGGCGCGUCAGACCGUUCCUGAUUUUCUCACGUCCAUGACGGCGCCGACGGAACGAAUCGUUCGCGCUGGGUGGGAGAGCCGGGCGCCUCGAACCCCUGACGAGUUCGCAACGUGCUGGAAGAACAGCGACGACUACAAGGCGCUGCAGGCCGAGAUCGAGGCCUAUAACCAGGAGCAUCCCAUUGGCGGUGCCGACGCCGAGGCCUUUCGCCAGCACAAGAAGAUGACCCAGGCCAAGGGCCAGCGCGUCAAGUCGCCCUACACGCUCUCGUACUCGCAGCAGAUCAGGCUCUGCCUGUGGCGAGGCUGGCGACGGUUGAUUGGAGACCCCAGCCUGACCAUUUUCGCGUGGCUGUCCAACACGGCCCUGGCGCUCAUCAUCUCGUCGCUGUUCUACAACCUGCAGCCGACGACGGGCAGCUUCUACGGACGCGCGGCGGCUCUCUAUGUGGCGAUCCUGUCGAAUGCCUUUUCGAGCGCGCUCGAGAUCCUGACGCAGUAUGCGCAGAGGCCGAUUGUCGAGAAGCACUCGCGGUAUGGCUUCCAUCAGCCGUCUGCCGAGGCGUUUUCGUCGGUGCUGUGCGACAUGCCGUACAAGAUUGGAAACGCCAUCUGCUACAACCUGGUGCUGUAUUUCAUGGCCAACUUGAAUCGAACCGCUGGGAACUUCUUUUACUUUCUCUUUGUGGUGUUUCUGAUGGUGCUGGCCAUGUCUGGCGUCUUUCGAUCCAUAGCCGCCCUGUCGCGCACGCUCUCGCAAGCCAUGGUCCCCGCCUCGCUGCUCAUCCUCGCCAUGGUCAUCUUCACCGGCUUCGUCAUCCCCGUCGACUACAUGCUGGGCUGGUGCCGCUGGAUCAACUACCUCGACCCCGUGGCCUACGGCUUCGAGGCCCUCAUGAUCAACGAGUUCAGCGGCCGCCGCUUCGAGUGCAACGCCUUUGUCCCCAGCGCCCUCGUCCCCGGAUACGAGAACGUCACGGCCGAUCACCGCGCCUGCACCGCCGUCGGGUCCGUCCCGGGGCAGGACUUUGUCAGCGGCGACGCCUACAUCAACUCGCAGUACCGGUAUUUCCACUCGCACAAGUGGCGCAACGUCGGCAUCCUGAUUGCCUUUGUGCUCUUCAACCACUUUGUGUACUUUGUUGCUACGGACCUCAUCCAGGCGAAGAAGUCCAAGGGCGAGGUCCUCGUCUUCCGCCGCGGCCAGCUCCUGUCCUCCUCGACGACACCCAAGAAGAGCGACACCGAGUCGUCGCUAUCAGGCCCCAUCCCCGUCGUCGAAAAGGGCGCAAACACUCCUCUGGAGCAGAGCGACGCCAUGAUUCAGGCCUCGACCAGCGUCUUCCACUGGAGCAACGUCUGCUACGAUAUCAAGAUCAAGGGCGAACCGCGCCGCAUCCUCGACCACGUCGACGGCUGGGUCAAGCCUGGCACCCUCACAGCUCUCAUGGGCGUGUCUGGCGCCGGUAAAACGACGCUGCUCGACUGUCUGGCCGACCGCAUCUCCAUGGGCGUCAUCACAGGCGAGAUGCUGGUCGACGGCAAGAUCAGGGACAACUCGUUCCAGCGCAAGACGGGCUACGUGCAGCAGCAGGAUCUCCAUCUCGAGACGACGACGGUCCGCGAGGCGCUCGAGUUCAGCGCUCUGCUGCGACAGCCCGCGACCACGCCGAGGGCCGAGAAGCUGGCGUAUGUCGACGAGGUCAUCAAGCUGCUGGACAUGCAGGAGUAUGCGGAUGCCGUCGUCGGCGUGCUGGGCGAGGGGCUGAAUGUUGAACAACGGAAGAGACUCACGAUUGGCGUCGAACUCGCGGCAAAGCCACCGCUCCUCCUGUUCGUCGACGAGCCGACCUCGGGCCUCGAUUCGCAGACGUCCUGGGCCAUCCUCGACCUGCUGGAAAAGCUCUCCAAGGCCGGCCAGUCGAUCCUCUGCACCAUCCACCAACCGUCCGCGAUGCUGUUCCAACGCUUCGACCGGCUCCUGUUCCUCGCAAAGGGAGGACGAACUGUCUACUUUGGUGACAUUGGUGAAAACUCGUCCGUCAUGACGUCGUAUUUCGAGCGACACGGCGCCCCCAAGUGUUCCCCUGGCGAGAACCCUGCCGAAUGGAUGCUGCAGGCCAUCGGGGCUGCCCCUGGAUCGACAACGGAGGUGGACUGGCACCAGGCCUGGCUCGACAGCAAGGAAUAUCAGGAAGUCCAGGCUGAGCUCCAGCGCCUCAAGGACGAAGGAAACAGCACCGCCAACAGCCACCACGACGCCAACGACAAGGCCUCGUACGCCGAGUUCGCGGCGCCCUUCUGGUCCCAGUUCCUCAUCGUCACGCAGCGCGUCUUCCAGCAGAUCUGGCGCACGCCGUCAUACAUCUACUCCAAGUUCUUCCUCUGCCUCUUCGUCUCGCUCUUCAUCGGCCUCGUGUUCCUCAACGCCCCGCUCAGCAUCCAGGGCCUGCAGAACCAAAUGUUUGCCAUCUUCAACAUCCUGACCAUCUUUGGGCAGCUCGUGCAGCAGCAGAUGCCGCACUUUGUGACGCAGCGCUCGCUCUACGAGGUCCGCGAACGGCCCUCCAAGACGUACAGCUGGAAGAUCUUCAUGCUGUCCCAGGUCGUCGCCGAGAUCCCGUGGAACACGCUCAUGUCCGUCGUCAUGUUCGUCUGCGUCUACUACCCGGUCGGCUUCAACAAGAACGCCGUGCCGGCCGACCAGGUCACCGAGCGAGGCGGCCUCAUGUGGCUGCUGUUCUGGCAGUUCCUCAUCUUCACGUGCACCUUUGCCCACGCCUGCAUCGCCAUCACCGACACCGCCGAGGCCGGCGGCAACCUGGCCAACAUCCUCUUCAUGAUGUGCCUCAUCUUCUGCGGCGUCCUGGCCAGCCCCGACAGCAUGCCCGGCUUCUGGAUCUUCAUGUACCGCGUCUCGCCCUUUACCUACUGGGUCUCUGCCGUCUUGUCGACCGGCCUGGCCAACACGCACGUCACCUGUUCCAAUGUCGAGCUCGUCCACCUCGACCCUCCUUCAGGUCAGACCUGCGGCGAGUUCCUCGACAACUUCAUCUCUGCCGCGGGAGGCUAUCUCCAGGACAGCAACGCCACCUCCGACUGCAGCUACUGCCCGAUUGCCGACACAAACGUCUUCCUCGCGAGCGUCAGCUCGAGCUACUCCCACAGAUGGCGCGACUUUGGCAUUGGAAUGGCGUACAUUGCGUUUAACAUUGCGGCGUCGCUGUUCUUGUACUGGCUGGUGAGGAUGCCCAAGAAAUGGGGAAAGAAGAAGGAGUAA